UUCGAUCUGCUUGUCCGCGCAAACAGCUAACACAAAUCAUUAGUGACUAGCUGAUCCGCACGCUGCUGCCUAGCACCCAGCGCUCCGCCGCACCUAGUGUUCGGCACGCCUGGCCAGCAGCCAUGGCGAGCUACGACAUCAGCGGCGACGCGCCCAUCAAGAUCGAACCGAGCCCCGCUCUAGACUGCAUCGCCCAGAUCGAGAAGCUCAAGGCCGAAGGCGCCGCCCUAGCGAAAGCGAACAAGUGGGACGAGGCCAUGAGCAAAUACGGAGAAGUCGUCGAAGCGUGCGUGGCAAGCAUGGGCACCGUCUCGGCCGACUUUGAAAGUGAACGAGCCGCGGAGAAGUGCCAACUCUUGUGUUUGUGCAAUCGGUCGCUCUGCGCCUACAAGCUGCAGGAUUAUGGCGAGGCGAAGGCACUUGCGCAGAGGGCCAUCGACGAGCACCAGAAAAGCCGUUUCGUCGACGACUCGGGCCUCGCCAAGUGUCUGUAUCGGCGGGGCCAGGCCCAGUUGGGGUUGGGUGAUAGUAGAGGGGCCGUGGAUUCGGUCUCGGAGGCUUGUGCGCUCGAAGAGGCGCAAAUAAAGAAGGGCCAGGGCAACGAAGCCUCUUUGCGAGCGAUGAAGCGGGAGUUGCUACGGGCGCGGAAAGUAGCGCGGGAGGACGCCAAAAAAAGUUCUUCGGCUUUGAAAGCUUCGAUGUCGGGGUUCCUCAAGGCUGGAAGUAAAACGCUCACGGAUCCCAAAAUAGAACGCGCCAACCUCGUGAAGGAGAAGGUCGACACGGCGCUCAAGUACAUCUUCGAGUCGUCGGACGACAAGAAGGACCUGAUCGUACCGGACUACGACCGCAUGAUCCAAGACUUGGUGCAAGCUCGACACGAGGCCUGCAGCGCCAAGGAUUCGAUCAAUGAGCUCGCCUUGACCUUCGCCGAGGGCUUCGUGAGCUUCAUCGCGUCGGCGCCGGAAGCGAAUUCCAAGAGUGGCGUCGAAAAACAUUAUGCAAGGACCGCGGACGCGAUGCAGUCGUACUGGCACCUGCGCGAGGAAUUGGAGAGAGAUACGAAGGAGCUCGAGUUGCUGGAGCCGCCCAUGAAGAUCGGAGACAUUGCGGCGUUGGAGUGCACGGCGCACGCGCACAUGCAGCUCCAACUGAGUCACAAGGCUCAACCCUUCUUCGAGAGGUACAUCCAAUUGUGCGAGGACCUGGGCCCCCAGCCGGCCUACCACAAUUUACCUGACUCAUUUUUACUACAGAGAGGCCUGCCGAAGAUGGAUGAUAGUGCUCGGCGGAUCAGCAGGUGGCGCCACCGCGCGCAUUCGCCUAGAGCGUUAUUUGACGCGCACACGGCGUUGUGCGCCAUCAAGGCCGAAACUGAUCGAAGUGGAGCCUUGGACCACGCCAAAAAAGCCUUCGGGUGCGCGGCCGACGACGACGAAAAAUUAACGGCGCACAAAAACUUGAGCUAUGUGUUAAGGAAGCCCGGGAACACGCCCGAGGACCUGGCGAAGGCCGACGAGUUGGAUAAAUUGAGUGAAGCGCUGGAGGCGAAGAUCAAGGACGGCGGGAAGGAGGUCGACGAGGUGAUCAAUAGAGUUGACACGACUGCGGCGCCUCCGGUAGAAGAGCUGGAGGAGGAGGAGAUGCCCCCGCUCGGCGACGACGCCGAGGAGUAGGAGA